AUGGAAGCGCUCAGGGUUCUAACCAUUGUUUUCCUUGCAUGCAUCUCAACAUCUCAAGCUGUGACUCCUCCUAGCACGAAUCCACAAGUACAAGGCCUGUUUGUUUUCGGGGACUCAGCGUUAGAUGGAGGAGAGAACACGUACAUCCCAGGCUCCAAGAUUGUCAGUGCAGUUCCGCCGUAUGGAAAGACGUACUUCAGCAAGCCAACAGGGCGUUGGACAGAUGGUAGAACGAUUGCAGAUUUCCUGGCUCAAGCACUGGGGCUUCCGUUGUUGCCACCUUUUCUUGAGCCCGGCGCCAACUUUCUCAGUGGGGUGAACUUCGCAUCUGCCGGUGCAGGCUUGCUAGAUGAGACGAAUGUGCAUCACGGAGUUAUUUCGAUGAACCAGCAGCUACGCCAGUUUCGCAACGUCACAAAUGAGUAUAGAAAGGAGAAGGGUGUGGAGUUUACAAACCAGCUCUUGAAGAAUUCCGUCGCUUUGUUUAGCAUGGGAGCUAAUGAUAUUGCUAAUGCUCUUCCAAGCCCAUAUCUCUUCCAGCAGAUGAUACAGGCAUACUCGAGUUUCAAAGAGGUAGAGAAGGCAUGCUGUGGUGGUGGACCGUUUAAUGCAGCAGAGUUUUGUGGGGAUGCUGACAAGCAUGAUUGGAAGCCAGACCACAAAACUAAAUAUGCCAAAUUUGUGUGUGACAAUCCCAAGGAUUAUUUAUAUUUCGACAGCAAUCAUUUCACUGAGGCUGGUUACUGGUUUGUCAUGAAGAAUUUCUGGCAUGGAUCAUACAACAUCGCAAGGCCCAGUAGCCUCGACUUUUUCUUCGCUGGAUUUAAUGUUCCAAACCCACCUCCAAGGCCUUGA